CUUGCCCAGCUGGUCUGAGAAUGGGGAACUCAAGUUGCCUUUAGGAAUGGCUACAAAGCCCACACCUGGAAAUCCCCCCUCCCUGCCCCUCCACGGCAGGUUGCAUUUGGGAGACUCUCCGGUCAUUAGAGGAACGAGCCAGGAGUGAGCCAUUCACCAGCUCGCCAGCACUCGGUAGAGAGCAGCAGGAUGGACGUGGUCGACAGCCUUCUCAUGAAUGGGAGCAACAUUACUCCCUCCUGUGAACUCGGCCUGGAAAAUGAGACUCUUUUCUGCCUGGAUCAACCUCAACCUUCAAAAGAGUGGCAGCCUGCGGUGCAGAUUCUCCUCUACUCCCUCAUAUUCCUCCUCAGUGUGCUGGGGAACACGCUGGUCAUCACGGUGCUGAUUCGAAACAAGAGGAUGCGGACUGUCACCAACAUCUUUCUGCUGUCCCUGGCUGUCAGUGACCUCAUGCUCUGUCUCUUCUGCAUGCCGUUCAACCUCAUCCCCAACCUGCUCAAGGACUUCAUCUUUGGAAGUGCCGUGUGCAAGAUCACCACCUACUUCAUGGGAACAUCCGUGAGUGUUUCCACCUUCAACCUGGUAGCCAUCUCUCUGGAGAGAUAUGGCGCCAUCUGCAGACCCUUACAGUCCCGAGUCUGGCAAACAAAGUCCCAUGCUUUGAAGGUCAUUGCUGCCACCUGGUGCCUCUCCUUCACCAUCAUGACUCCGUACCCCAUUUACAGCAACUUGGUGCCUUUUACUAAACAUAACAACCAGACGGCAAAUAUGUGCCGCUUCCUGUUGCCAAGCGAUGCGAUGCAGCAAUCCUGGCAAACAUUCCUGCUACUCAUCCUCUUUCUCAUCCCGGGGAUUGUGAUGGUGGUGGCCUAUGGGUUGAUCUCUCUGGAACUCUACCAAGGAAUAAAAUUUGAUGCUAGCCAGAAGAAAUCUGCUAAAGAGAAGAAGCUGAGUGGGGGCAGCGGCAGCCGAUACGAGGACAGUGAUGGAUGCUACUUGCAGAAGUCCAGGCACCCGAGGAAGCUGGAGCUCCAGCAGCUGUCCACCAGCAGCAGUGGCGGCAGAGUCAACCGCAUCAGAAGCAGCAGCUCCACCGCCAACCUGAUAGCCAAGAAGCGCGUGAUCCGCAUGCUCAUUGUCAUUGUGGUCCUCUUCUUCCUGUGCUGGAUGCCCAUCUUCAGUGCCAACGCCUGGCGGGCAUACGACACUGUUUCCGCUGAGAAACACCUCUCGGGGACCCCCAUCUCCUUCAUCCUCCUCCUCUCCUACACCUCCUCCUGUGUUAACCCCAUCAUCUACUGCUUCAUGAACAAACGGUUUCGCUUGGGCUUCAUGGCCACCUUCCCUUGCUGCCCCAAUCCUGGCCCCCCAGGGCCGAGAGGAGAGGCGGGAGAGGAGGAGGAUGGGAGGACCAUAGGGGCAUCCCUGUCCAGGUAUUCCUACAGCCACAUGAACACCUCUGCCCCACCCCCGUGAGCUAGUCUACCUGGCCCACUGCUGCAGCAGGAAGGAAGGGUCCAGGGAGCAAGGAGGAAAAGGAAAGGAAGGAAGAGGAGGCUGGAGUGAAGGGGAAGGAAGACCUGUUUCUCAUGGGGACUCUUCAAUGUCUGCCGUUUGUCCUUCACAGAGUUCCAGAAGGUGGGGUCACGAAAAUGCCAAGGCAUUUUCCCACAGUGUUCACCAUGGAGGAGACCUCAGCAGGCCAGGCUGGGAGCCCCAAAGGGCUCAUACUAUAAAUGUCACUGCCAAGCCCAUGUUCAAAAUGGAGGUACAGACCCUAAUGAGCUUUAGAGUUUUCUGGAACACCCCAGGUGAGGCCUCCCCAUAGUGACACACUGCUACGCUGUUUGUUCUGCUCAUGCCGAAUUCCGGUCACUACUUUCCUUCCCAGGGAAUGCACAGCUACUUCCUAUACAUCCUGCAACUAUACAUCUUCUCGCGGCCGCCAAGGAUGUGUGACGCACACCUCCUCUGGCCACUUCUGAAUAGGAACACUUUUUAAUCUUGAGGUUAGUCACGAACACCCAGAGGUGUAAGUUUAGGUCAUCAUCAGAAAAGCAAAAAGAGUGUAUCUAAAAAACAGGUUUUAGACUUUCUACUUCUACAAAAAGUGUGCAUGGCCAGUGGUCUGAAGGAAUGUUUUCUGUCAGUAACAUCAAGCGGCAGACUGGAAGGUGACUUGUGCUGUGUAACUUCUCCUUUGCACCCUAACCCCACAGCAUUUUUUAAACCUCAGCUUGAUUUCUUCUGUUCACCUGUACUUCCUCUUCUCCAGAAAGACCUCCAGGUAUGAAGGGGAGUUGUACAUACCUGGGCAGGCAGUAAUGGAAACAAGUACAGACAGGCCCCAAAGAAAACUGGCAUGCUGGGUCUCGGUUAACAUAGCUUUGAACGCCAAACAUGUGUAUGCUUCUAAAUACCAUCUAUGUAACUCUUGAUAAUUGGCUCAGUGCGUGCGUGUGUGUGUGUGUGUGUGUGUGUGUGUGUGUGUGUGUGUGUGUGUGAUCAUAUGGCUAUAUGUAUGUUAAAAACUUAUCUGUGGAUAUUGGAAUUCAGCAAGUGUUACCAUUCUUCCAUAAAAGUUGAAGUUUCAUGUGAGCUUUGUUUCUUUGCAAAAUUCGUGCUGAAAACACUUAACUCUGAGAACUCUCUGUUUAAAAAUAGAAAUAAAUUAUACACUGAGACACCAGGAAGAACAUUUCUAGAUAGCAUGUACCAAUCCGGUCUAGCAAGACACACACACUCGCCCUCUUUCUCCCACACCUCCUUCCUCCCUGUAUCUCCUUUUUCCUCCUUUCUUCUUGAAUACUACUGUCUUGUCUGCUUAACGGAGUUAGUGUGGACCUUUUCAACAGACACCAGUUUGUAGGAAAAAAAUCAAGGGAAGGUCAUUGCUGUGAGCUGCCAAUGAUCCAACAAGCGAGCCUUCUUCCCUUGCUUAAGGCCACAGCCACGCACUCAUUGGCUCCCCACUCUCAACUGUCCCCAAACCUCCCUGUGGAAGAGGAAGGGAAGAGAGAUGCUAAGACCUCUCUGACGGUCUAGAGUUAGACAAGCUGAGCAUCUUACAGGGACAGUUGUGCCUAAUGGAGCUCUCUAAGGAGCAGCAGCUGAACACAUAACUGCCCAUCACACCCCUCUUGUCAAGCCAGACUAGUCCCUCCUCAGGCUUCCAUCUUGUAUGAGUAUCUAUUGCCAUCCUCUCAGGUAAUAAUUUCAGUGUCAAAACGCAGAGUUAAAUCGCAAUGAUAUAAGAUGCAAGAGAUAAAAAUGUCUUGGAUACCUGAGUAGGUCUUAUAGUCCACAUACAUUUCCUGCCUAAAUACUGAGUCAUUGUGUCUGACCCUCUGACAUUAUUAAUAAAUGAAGAAAAGUUAGGACCCCCACAUUAUUAGAAACCCCUGGACUUUCUAAAGGUAUAUUAACCUAAAAACAAGAUUCUAGAAUUUAUUUAAUAAAAAUACAUACAUGCAGCUAAAGUGUACUUUUGGAUAAACCAUAGACCAGUGACCCCAACUAUAAAAUCAUUUUCAUUACUACUUCAUAACUAUUAUUUUACUGUAACUCAUAAUGUAAAUAUAUGUUUUCCAAUGGUCUUAGGUGACUUCUGUGAAAGGGUCAGUCAACCCCAAGGGGUCAUGAGCCACAUGUUGAGAAACACCCUUCAUAUACUAAUUUUUUGUUUUGAGUGCAUUUCAUACACUAGAAGACAUCCUAUGUUUUAUCUGCCAACCCUACUUUUGAAAUACUUUAAAGCGGGCAAAAACAUUUCCCACACACAGUAAUAAGAUGCCUUUGUAGAUUUAAUUUAUUGGACAGUCUCUCACCUAUCGGAAGCCGAGAGAUGGGUGUAGGGGGCUAUUAACUUACUGACGAAUUUUUUUCCUCACAUAAUGCUGCUCUCACUCACACUUUGUUGAGUCAGCUUCCUGGGCCUCGUGUUAAACAGGAUUACUGAUUUGAACACGAAUUCAAGUUAAGGAAACAAAUACUUUCCUAGGAUUUUAGUGUCUUGUAGCAGCACUCCUUCAGCAGAGGCAGGAUAUAUUGGAGCAUUGGAAUUGAGAGUUGUGUCUCGGCUUCUGGGUCCCAGGCACCAUGGUAAGAUCUCCUAACGCCUUGAGGCGGUGAAGAGCAGUGCCUGGAUAUCUAGGGUUCCUUUGCGCAUGUCCCUGUAUGCUUAACAGGUGUCUCUCUGUUUAAGCAAAAUGUCGUCUUCGUGGGUUAAGUGAAGACAGCUGCUGAAUCUCCACUGUAUGUUCUUCCUGUGUUUUGCCUAGUAACCCACGUACCGUGAAUGUUUAAUAAAUGUUAUGACCAACUUC